AUGAUGUUAACUGGUAAUUCAUAUAUUCAAUUUCAAGAUUUAUUUUGUGUUUUUCGAGGUUAUAUGAGUUAUGCAACAUGUGCUCUAUGUAAUAAGUCAUUUUUAUUACAAGUAAUUUAUCGAUAUUUUACAGUGGUUUAUCGAAAUCGUUUAUACUUUCGAUCAUUUCGAUUUUAUUUUUUAUUAAUUUGUUUAACAUGGAUAUUUGCUUUAUUAUAUUCUAUUCCAUUUGUAUUCACUGUUCGAUAUGUUCAUGGAAUGGAUAAUCAUGUUACACAUGUUAACAUUUUAUUUCGUGCAAAAAGAGAAUUACAAAUGGUUAAACGUAUAGUUAUACUUAUAACUAUGUCAGUCAUACUUGGUUUUCCCUAUGCAUCAUUUACUUUAAUGUCAUUUUUUACAAGUCCACCAAAAAAUCAUUUUCGAAUAGUUUAUCUAAUUAUUUGUUAA